AGACAUGUCAUCUGCAUGGGCUGCAGUAACAACUCCUCUACAAAGAAAACAAAACGCACGCGGAGUGACGCACGACGCACACCAACCCAAGUAGCGGUUGUGCGUCAUCUCCGAGCGACGGCUCAGAGUCCUGCUUCGCGCCAACCAGUUGAAGGAUUUCACUACUUUUCUGACAUUCAACCGGACUGUAAACGACGAGGCAACGGGUUUAUUAUGGAUAUCAGGCGGUUCUUUGCGCCGUCUGCAGCAAAGCCAGUGGUGCAGAAACCAGCCCCCAAUGGAAACAUUAAAACAGAGGAGAAGAAGAAGCCGCCGUCUUCAGAUGAAGAGGUGAAAAGGAAGAAAAAAGAGACCACAAAGGUCAAAAGCUCCAAACCAGAGGAGAAACGCAAGGACAGCGAGAAGAAGAGAAAAAAGCAUGCCGUCAUAGAGUCAGACUCUGAUGAGGAGCAGCCGGUGAGGAAGUCAAACAAAUCUCCCAAAGAGAAAAAGAUGACGAGCAAGACAGAGCCUCUUCCUAAAAAGGAUCCUGUGCAGUAUGUCUCUGAAACAGACUCAGACAGUGAUAACUUUCAGACCCUGAAGAAGGCCUCAAAAGUCAAGCAGAAUGGUUUAUCUAAACCAGCAAAGGCAGCAGCAGAGAGUUCCAGCCCAGCAGCCAAAACAGGAAUGAAGUCGCCUGUUAAGCCCUCCUCCGCUCAGGGUAAAACUGCUGUGAAGUCUCCUUCUGUGCCUGUCACCCCCAAAUCAGCUGCACCACCUCCACCCAAACGCACCCCCACCUCAGUCAUGGACUACUUUGGCAGUGGGGCUAUUCAGCGCUCUGAUAAGAAGCUUGUAGCCAGCACCAAACGAAAGGCUCCAACUCAGGACAUGGACGAUCUGCUGACUGAUGAGCAAAUCGCUAGAGAGCUGCAGAUGGACGAGGACAUGGAGCUGGAGAGGCAGGUCCAUGAGGACGAAGAGUUUGCCAGAACUCUGGCAAUGUUAGAUGAGGAGCCUCAAGCAAAGAAGGCUCGCAAAAGCUCAGAAGAAAAAAGAGCGGCUAUCCCCAGCCCAUCAAAGAACAAACAAAAAGCAGGUGUGUCUGAGGAUGUGAUCAGUCCAACUCCAGAGAAGAAACCGUCUCCUGUCAAAGCCAGCUCCAAACUGGCCAUGAUGAAGAAAAAGGCUGAUGAGACAGGUGAAAGGUCAAAGAGCAAAACACCACUUUCUCCUGCAAAAAUCAAAAUCUCUCCUAAAAAGGAGCCAAUUGCCUCGUCCAGCUCAGGCAUGCAGUUCACACCCAAAGCAGGAACCACAGUGAAAACUUCUCCCAAGAAACCAGAGAGCACAACUACAAGUCCUGAUGACCCAGAGAAGAAAAAGGCCAACGCCUCUGCAUACAGAAACUACCUCAACAGAGAUGGACCACGGGCUCUGGGCUCAAAGGAAAUCCCACAGGGUGCAGAGAACUGUUUGGAGGGCUGUGUCUUUGUGCUGACAGGGGUCCUUGAGUCCAUGGAGAGGGACGAUGCUAAAUCCCUUAUUGAGCGCUACGGAGGGAAGGUGACGGGCAACAUCAGCAAGAAGACCACCUACCUGGUGCAGGGCAGGGACAGUGGAGUGUCCAAGUUAGAGAAGGCAGAGGGUUUUGGCACUAAAAUCCUGGAUGAAGACGGUCUGUUGGAGCUGAUCAGAACCAAACCAGGAAAGAAGUCAAAGUACGAGAUUACUGCAGAGGCUGAGAGUAAAACAUCAAAGACUCCCCCCAGCAACACAACAAAAAGCACCCCCAAAUCCAAGAAGAUCUCUCCCUCAAAGGGUAAUUCCCGGUCCCCUCACACCCCCAGCCCAUCAAAGACUGGCCUUGCACAGGGACAUGCUGCCAGGAACAAAGAUGGCGGCACUCCACCUGGGAGAGGCUCAGGUCACACAGCCAGGAGGGAGCUGGGCCUUUCCUCUUCAUCUUCAGCUCCAGCAUCUUCAUCUUUGUCAGUGACUGGGGAGGAUGCCAGUCUGCUGUGGGUAGACAAGUACCGCCCGCGCUCUCUGAAGACUGUGAUUGGCCAGCAGGGAGACCAGAGCUGUGCCAAUAAACUGUUGCGCUGGCUGCAGAAUUGGCAUAAAAACCACAGUGGGGGCGCUACCAAACCAGCAGCAGCGAGGUUUGGUAAGUUUGGAGGGAAAGACGAUGGAUCAGGAUUCAAAGCUGCUCUGCUCUCUGGACCUCCUGGUGUGGGCAAGACCACCACAGCUGCUCUGGUUUGUGAGGAGCUUGGUUUCAGCUACGUGGAGAUGAACGCCAGCUGUACUCGCAGCAAAAACAGCCUGAAGGAAGUUGUUGCAGAGUCUCUCAACAACACUAGCAUUGAGAAUUUUUACAAAGGUACUUCUCAGACAGUCACAAAUAAACAUGUCCUGAUCAUGGAUGAGGUCGAUGGUAUGGCUGGUAACGAGGACCGGGGAGGAAUCCAGGAGAUGAUUGGCCUGAUCAAAAAUUCAAAGAUUCCCAUCAUCUGCAUGUGUAACGAUCGUAACCAUCAAAAGAUCCGGUCGCUGGCAAACUACUGCUUCGACCUGCGCUUCCAGAGGCCACGAGUGGAGCAGAUAAAGGGAGCUAUGAUGUCCAUCGCUUUUAAGGAGGGAAUCAAGAUCCCACCCCCUGCUCUUAAUGAAAUUAUCCUAGCCUCCAAUCAGGAUGUCCGACAGGUGAUCCAUAACCUGAGCAUGUGGUCGGCCCGAGACAAAGUGAUGACAUAUGACCAGUGCAAGUCAGAUGCAGCUAAAGCCCGCAAGGACAUGAAGAUGGGUCCGUUUGAUGUUUGUCGGAAAGUGUUUGCUGCAGGAGAGGAGACCAGCCACAUGAGCCUCAUCGAUAAGUCUGAUCUCUUCUUCCACGACUACUCGCUGGCACCGCUCUUUGUCCAAGAGAACUACCUGCAUGUUCGACCAAAAGCUGCAGGUGGUGAUCAGAAGUCUCACCUGGUGUUGCUCAGUAAGACGGCUGACUCCAUCUGUGAUGGUGACCUGGUGGACAGACGCAUCCGCUCCGGACAGAACUGGUCACUGUUGCCCACCCAGGCCAUCUAUGCCAGUGUGCUGCCCGGUGAGCUCAUGAGAGGCUACAUGAACCAGUUCCCUAUCUUCCCCAGCUGGCUUGGCAAGAACUCAUCCACCAGUAAACACUCUCGCAUUGUCCAAGAGCUGUCUUCACACAUGAGUCUAAAAACCCUGAGCAGCAGACAGGCCAUCAAUCUGGACUACUUGCACUACCUGAAACAGGCACUGUUGAGCCCUCUACAGAGGAAAGGGGCGGACGGCGCCAGUGAGGCUGUGCAACUGUUGGAUGACUACCAGCUCAUCAGAGAGGACGUGGACAGCAUCAUGGAGAUCAGCGUGUGGGGGGGGCAGCCUGACCCCUACUCUAAAUUGGACUCUAAGGUGAAAGCAGCAUUCACACGUGCCUACAACAAAGAAGUUCACCUCACGCCGUACUCUCUGCAAGCAGUGAAGAAGGGCCGCCGUGGUGGUGGUGGUGGCGGUGGGGAGGCAGAGUUCGGCGAUGACAUGGAAAACGAAGUCCAGGAGUCUGAAGACGAGGGCUUGAAAACAGAUGCCAUGAUCAAACAGAAAAAGGCCAAAGCCACCAAGGAGACAAAGAAGGAGGAUUCUGGGAAGGGCAAAGGCAAGGGGAAAGGCAAGGCCAAGAAAUAACACAAGACCUGAGAAGGACAACAGACGGUCAUUGUCUGCCUUCCUUUACCCCCACAGACUGUUAAUAUUUCUCUUUAGCCAGAGCCAGGACAUGAAACUGGUCAUAAAUUCUGCAGGUAUCUCAUCUGAGCACUUCCAAGCACUUGACUCACCACGCUGUGCUGAGAAAUGUCAAACUUUAUUUUAAACCUCCUGUCAUGUGUCCAUCAGAGCAUCUCUGCACUGAUCAUUUCAUGCAUAUUAUCUGAUUGUUACAUCCAUCAUCAUGUCUCGGUAGUAACGUGUCCUAACAAGAAUUAGGUGCUUUAUCUCCAUCAGUUUGUUUUUGAGGUGUUGAGGCUGUAAAUAAUGUCACUCUGAUGUACAAGACUGUUAACUUUUGCUGCAUCUGCAGUACAGAAAUGCUUAAGAUCUACGGUAAGUGCUGAUGUUCCUGUACAUUACAAUUUUGUAUAAAUUUCAUGAUA